AUGGUGGACGGUACGAAGCUUCCCAUCCACGGCGAAGCAUCACUGCAGCUGCACAUAGCGGUAAGAAAGGGCACAGGAAAGAUCAUGAACUACGCCCCGCUGCGGCAGAUCCUAUUGGAAGAGUUUCACGACGUACCAUACGCAAGACAUUUCGGGAGCAACAAGACGUUAGCGAGAAUAGCAAAGUAUUACUACUGGCCCCAGAUGGCAGCAGACGUGCAACAGUUCGUCACCUCAUGCGACACGUGCCAGUGGAUGAAGAGUCGCAAGCCGGAAAAAGUAGGGUUAUUCCAGCCUCUACCAAUACCAGAGCAGCCAUGGCAGGUCGUUAGCCUCGACUUUAUGACUUCCUUCGACCUCACUAGGGCAUAA